AUGUCUGACUGGGCGAAUGUGGCGGAAUUGCUUGGCGAACUGAGUGACAGCAGUAGUGAUGAGGGCGAGAAGAAACAGUGCGCGAAAGAUGACGAGCAGGCGACUACAAGCGAGGACCGCGGUACUUCGGCUGUUGAAGAGCUGCAAUUAGCCGUCAAAAGAGGAGCUGAAGGGGAUACCAGCGACGAUGAAGUGCCAAGAAAGCGAGUGAAGGAAGAAUCGACCAGUGAUACUCCUGAACUGCUGGACGAUCCGUUGUUUGGACUGUUAGAUCCAGCAGAUUUUUCGGCGGUUGAUGCAGCUUCUAAGAAGUCGGUGUGUCCGCCCUCCUCUGCUGAUGAUUCAUCUGGCUCAAAGAAUGCAAGCGUUCAGUAUGCUGGGGAUAUUAAGGAUAGUGAAAAGAAAAGCACAACGGAUACAUCAAAAGCGGGUCCGAGCACCGCUGUGGACGACUCCUCCGAUAAUGACGAGAACAGCGAAUCGCUUUUGCAGCCCAAAAAGUUAAGCGAAGAAGAUGAACUGUUACGCCGAAAAAUGCAGAUUUUGGUGGCGAAUUUUUCCUCUGAACAACUGGCGCGUUAUGAAUGUUAUCGACGCUCCUCUUUCCCGAAGGGUGCUGUUCGCAAACUUAUCCAGCAAUGCACAGGUAUUACUCCCGGUCAUAAUGUUAUCAUAGCCGUUGCUGGGCUGGCAAAAGUUUUUGCCGGCGAACUUGUCGAAGAAGGUACUUUAUAUCGGCAGAUUUUUUUUAGUCCUCAGUUUGUUUUUCUUUUUCAUGGCAGCUGCAUGACAUAA